AUGAAAAGAACGUGCCGGAAAACGUCGUUGGAUGAUGAAACGAAGGACAGUCGCCUGCUAUCGCUCCCGGACGACCUCCUUCUGCUGCUUCUCGCCCGACUGAACCACCCCUGCGAUCGCUGCAGCGUCGCUCUCUCCUGCUCUCGCCUUCGCCGCCUCUCCCGCCGCACGCCCCACUCGCUCAACCUCUUCUUCGUCUCACCUUUCCAGUAUCGCAACGUGCGCAGCUUUCUCAAAGCUUUCGACGAUUUUUCGAGGGUAUUUACCCACAUCAUCUCGCUUACCGUGGAGGUUUGCUCGAUCCGAGGAAACGAGCUGCUGGCGAGCGUCGGUGCGAGCUGCCCGAAGCUGGAAAAGCUGAAGCUCGUCGCGAAAUGGGGGGAAUUCUACAUGAGCGCUGCUGCGUGGACGAAGCUCGCCAAGCAAUGCCCUUUGUUUUCUCGUGUUCCUCUCCUCUUAACUCCUGCCUUUCACGCUCCCCCUUUCCCCGUCCCAUUUUCUCUUCCCCUUUCCUCCGUUCCCUUCCAUCUUUCCCCUUCCCUCCUUCCCCUGGCCUCCCUCCCAUUCCCUCUCCUCCCACCUUCCAGCCUCGUGACAUCCCUGGAGCUUGACUCUCCGUUCGCCCGGCGCGCCAUCAUCCACCGAAAUUGCACUGGCACCCCCCUCCCUCCUAUCCACGCCUUCCCUGCUCUGCGCUCCCUCGCUCUCCUCAUCCCUGCCUCGAAACUAACCCCCCUCACCCGCUGCUCCUCCCUCACCUCCCUCACACUCUGGAACCCCCUUCCCUCCACCCUCUCCUCCCUCGCCUCCUCCUCCUCCUCAUCUGUCCGCGCCUCCCUCAAGUCCCUCACCCUGCACUCCGCCAAGCUCGAAUCGUGCCUCGCGCCUCUCGCAUCCCUCCCUCGCCUCACCUCUCUCGCCUUCCUCUCCUGCACCAUUGAUCCCUUCGACCUGCACGCCCUCGCUCGCUCCCUCCACACACUCACCCACCUCACUAUUCACAACUGCCCCUUGGUCUCAAGCCACGCCCUCUUAGCCCUGGUUGAAGCCAACCCUGCCCUCUCCUCCCUCGCCCUCCACGGCACCACCUACCGCCUGUUUAGCGCCCCGCCCUUCCGCUCUCUCCUCCACCUCUCCUCGCCCCGUCUGCACGCACUUGAGCUCUCAGGGCUGCCGUCCUUCCGCCCGGGCAUGCUGGCGCACUGCGGCGGCCUGCAGUCCCUUGUGCUGAAGGGAAUGCCGGAGACUCUUGCAGCGCCGAGUGAGGGAGAUGCUGGGACUAGGAGUGGAGAAGGAAGGGGAGGAGGAGGGGGGGAUGGAGAGGGGGAGGGAGGGGGAAGCGUGGUGCUUCAACGGGUGUCAUUGGAUAGUCUCGUUGGCAUGCUGGUGCGCGUGGUGCAGAGGGGAGGAGAGGAAGGGGAAGUAGGAGGGGAGGCAGGAGGGGAGGAAGGACGGGAGGAGUGCCACACAGCCGUGCCGUCCGCUGUUCACUGGGCGCGCAUGGCGCGGGCGCAGCCGCAAGACGCCCUGUCCGAGAUCAAAUUCGCCAUCGCUAAAAUCAGAUCGGGCAUCUCAACGUGGCGGGCGCUGCGAGUGGCAGUGAAUCAGAAAGACGCGGCGACGGCGUGGGAGGAUGCGGUGAGUGAGGCGUUUGCUGCUGCCACGACUGCGGGCGUGUUUGUGGGCACGCGGAGCAGGGUAUGCGAGGAGGGGGAAGGAGGGUUGGUGCGCCUGGAAGACUUUGACGGAAUGCUACCGGGUGAUGAUGACUUGCUUGUUGAUGCUGCUGACGCUGCUGAAGCUGCUGAUGCUGCUGAAGGGACUGAGGAGGAUGGAGAGUUUGCUGCUGGGGUUGACCCGGAGGGGCAGGCAGUGGCUGACUUUCACUUCACCUGCACUCCCAUGCCUACGUGGCUGCCUCCAUCCCUUCCCUCUGAAUCGCCUCUCAUGUGCCUCUCUUCCGCUCCUGCAUCCCUUCCCUCUUCUUCUUCUUCUUCCACUUCCCGCUCACCUUCUCACUUCGCUCCUGCUGCCGUUUCAAGGGCAGUCUCUCAGCCGCAGUCCUUCCAAUCUGUUGCACUCGCUGCUGCUUUCGGGCAGCUGAAACGCCUCACACUGGUGUCGUGCUUCGGGCUGAAGGAGGAGCAGAUGGUGCUGAUGCUGCGUGCUUGCCCCAUGCUGGUGGCUUUAAUCGUGGACGACAACGAGGACUUUUCAGACCGGGUGGUUGCAAAGAGCAGACUGGAGAUGCUGACGCAUUUGACCGUGCUUGAGUGUGAUGCAAUGAUUGCAGAUGGCAUCGGAGGGCUGCUGGGAAGCUUCCCAAAGCUGCAGGAGUUGACGGUGGAAGCAAGCCAGGUUGGUGUCAGGGCUCGCAGAGAGCUGCUUCGAGCGGGCGUGGCUCUGAGUCACAGGUGA